AUGAUUGAUCAGAACGAUAACUACACAGCCAGAGAACAACGAGUAAUUGAAUUGGCGCUUGAACAUUGGCACAAUAUUACUUGCUUAGACUUCGAACGACAGGAUGAUGAACCAACUGGAAACCGAAUCGUGUUUACAGACGUUGAUGGAUGUGCUUCCAAUGUUGGACGGCACCCAUUGGGCGAGCCACAGUAUGUAUCACUUGCACCCGAAUGUAUCCGGCUUGGCGUUAUUGCGCAUGAAGUUGCACAUGCACUUGGUUUUUGGCAUGAGCAGUCUCGACCAGAUCGUGACGACUACGUUACGGUUCGUUGGGAGAAUAUCGACAAGGAUAGUAAGGGACAGUUCUUAAAGGAACAACCGGUUGAUGUGGAUACUGGAUCGGUACCCUACGACUAUGGAAGUAUUAUGCAUUAUAGGAGUAAAGCAUUUGCUCGUUACGAUGAUUUGUUUACCUUAAACACCAAUAUUGCGGAUUAUCAGAAAACUAUUGGCCAACGUGAUCAGCUAUCGUUCAAUGACAUAAGGUUGAUGAAUGUCAUCUACUGCAGCGAUGUCUGCCCACAAAAACUUCCUUGUCAACGGGGUGGUUAUACAGAUCCACGCCGAUGUGACCGUUGUCGAUGCCCAGACGGUUUUAUUGGACAGUUAUGCGAACAUGUGAUGCCUGGAUAUGGUGCAAACUGUGGUGGCGUCGUAGAAGUAACGCCAGAAUGGGCCAGGAUCAGUAGCCCAAAUUAUCCUGGAGAAUUCCGUGAAGGUCAAGAAUGUAGCUGGCUACUAAAAGCACCGAAAGGCCAACGUGUAGAAUUCCAGUUCUAUGGCGAAUUUGAAAUGUACUGCAAAGUUAGGCAUUCCCUAUGUAUGGAUUACGUUGAAAUCCGUAAUUCAACAGAUUUUGCGAAUACGGGUAUGAGAUACUGUUGCUUUGGAACUCCAAAAUCCCCGAUAGUUUCCGCAACAGAAGAUAUGUUAGUUUUGUUUAGAUCAUUUUACCGAGGGGGUAAAGGUUUCCAAGCUCAAGUUCGCUCAAUUCCUCCAUCAGGUAAGAUGCACUCAGUUUUAUACAUUGAUAUUCUAGUCUCUUUUACCAUCAUGACUUAUACAAAACAGAAAUAA